GGCACCAGUGACUGCCACCAUGGCGAGGAUGCCGGUGUGGUGUGUUCUGAACAGCGCCUGCCCGGUGCCCCCCACCAGGCCACCACCUCUGGUCACCUGGGAGAGGUCCCGAGGCUGAGCCUGGAGGAGGUUCGGCUCAAACCCGUCCUGGCACGGGCCAAGCUGAGUGUGCCAGUGACAGAGGGUGCCGUGGAGGUGAAGCACAACGGGCGCUGGAGGCAGGGGUGCGAUGACAACAGCCGUGUGGUCUGCGGGAUGCUGGGCUUCCCCCAAGAGAAGCACGUCAACACCAGCUUCUACCGGAAGCUCUGGAACAUGAAGCUGAAGGACCCCAACUCCAGCCUGAAGAACCUCAGCCAGAAGAACAGCUUCUGGGUCCACAGGGUGCGGUGCCAGGGUGUGGAGCCCCACCUGGCCCUCUGCCCCACGCAGGUGGCCCCACUGGCCCCCCACCAGCCCGCCUGUCCCCAUGGCAUGCACGCCAUCGUCAGCUGCCUCCCUGGCCCUGCCUUCCAGAAGGGCACAGGCAAGGGCAGGAGCAAGACCUCCCCAGGAAAGGUGAGCCCCAGCAUGGUGAUGCCAGUGCGGCUGCGAGCAGGCACCCACGCCGGUGAGGGACGGGUGGAGGUGCUGCGCCAUGGGCAGUGGGGCACCGUGUGUGACAAGCAGUGGGACCUGGCCGCGGCCAGCGUGGUGUGCCGGCAGCUGGGCUAUGGGACGGCGAAGCAGGCCCUGGCAGGAGCCCAGAUGGGCCAAGGCCUGGGGCCCAUCCACAUGAGUGAUGUGCGAUGCACCGGCCACGAGCGUUCCCUGGGUGAGUGCCGCUUCCAGGAUCACAUGGACUUCCAGAGCCAGGUGAGGCUGGUGGGGGGCCGCAGCCCCGAUGAGGGUGUGGUGGAGGUGCUGGUCCCCGUGCAGGGGCGGCUGCAGUGGGGCGCAGUGUGUGGGGCGCAGUGGGGGCUGAACGAGGCCAUGGUCGUCUGCCGGCAGCUGGGGCUGGGCUUUGCCAGCCAUGCCCUCCAG